AUGCCUCCCAAAAGUAGCAAAAGUGCAACGGAAGCUGCAAAAUCUCCUGAUACAAGACAUUUCUCAGACGAGUUCUUACCAGAGCCAAAGUACAAAGUCAUCAACAUUCAUAUAGAAAAUUAUAAGAAUAUUCCUUUUUUUCCAGUAGCCGAAGUUCUUACAACAAUAAACCAUGACGAUAAAGUUAUCGGCAAUACGACUUCACUGCCUGUACUAGAUGAUGAUCUAAUUCCCGUGAAUCAGACAUUUAGCUUAACAAUUAAUGUUAACAAUCCAAAAGAAUUGGAUGCCCUUGUGUCCAUACCUUUAAUUUUUAUUGUUUCCCAAGUUCAAGGCACUAUCGACAGUAGCUUAUAUUCUGAAAUACAAUUAACUAAACCGUUGCAGAAUGUACCCUUGACCAAAUCAUUUGAUAGUGUUAUUAGUAUUUAUGAAGCUUUCACUGGUCGAAAAACGGAGAUCUCGGAAGAGGCGAGAAACAACAAAAACAAACGAAAUAAAAGUGCUAAAGGAUCUGAAAAGACCAAGGUGGAAAAAAGUUCUAAAAAGUCACAAAAUGAGUCAAAAACUAGCUCUGAAAAAUCAUCGACUACUAAAAGCAAAUCGUCAUCGCAAGUUAAACUUGAUAAGACUAAGUCUGGUGUAAGCUACGAUCCCACGUCAUUUGGAAUCUGUUGCCUGGAUUUGUUACCUUUAUUUUAUGGACCAUCCAAAUUUUCUCAAAUGUUGUGGAUAAAACCUACCGUACAAUAUAAUGACAAUAAAAUGCUGUCUUUCAAAGCGCAUCCAACAAUUGCAGUGACGAUUUCUAUGGAGGAAGACUUGGAUUUGCAUGACUCUACGUUUUUAAACUUCACUUUGGAAACCAUUUAUAACAUACCUGCUUUAAUGAGCCCAGAAAUGGACUUUUGGGCUUGCAUAACGUUGCCUAUGCUUAAUGGGCGAAAAUCACCACUUCUUUUCACAAAUCCAGCUACAGUUUCGACAACUCAGGAACCAAUUUCCAAAUUGUGGCCUGGAACCACUAGAGGAUAUAAUGAUGCUAACGCUACUGUGUAUACAACUCCUGAUAAUCAUAACGACUUGAUAAGUCGUUUUGACACAAACUAUGAAUCGUACAUCACCGAAGAGAGUCCAAGACUGCAGUUCGUAAUGAUCAAGAGACAUUUAAUGUUCAGGGAUGCUAUUACUGAACUUAUUAAUCAUAUUCAAGUAUACAAAAAAGUAGUCUUGGAAAUUUAUGUGGCUCCUAAAGAAAAAACCAAAAAAGAAUCUGCUAAUCUGUUGAGCAAGUCACUUGAGUUUGUAAGGAAGAUUCGAAAAGGCGGAGACUCUUUACAUUUGAUGGCUAUAUUAGAUGUGGCUACUUUAACGUAUCCUGGAGUUCAACAAGUACGUCUGGCGGCUCCAUUAACAACUUUUAGUCCUGAAGAAGCUGCCAAAUAUGGAGGACUAGAUGAUUCUUUUUUCUUCCCGUAUUCAAAAAGAGAUUCAAAAGAACCCAAAGACAAAGAACCUCGAGAGAAUUUGCCUAAGAAAGACAACAAAUCAGUUAAAAGCUCAAAGUCUUUGAAGGCUAAAGCAAAGGAAGGUCACCAUAUGAAAGAUUUGCUUCCUCCAAAGCCUGCGCCAGCUGUAGAACCGGAACCCAGCAUGCAAGUGUAUAAUGAAGCUGGGAAACCUUGUUUUGUAGUAGUUACUUUCGAGAUGUCCAAUCCAUUAGUGCCAGCUAAAAAGGUUGAAGAUGUUAAAGAGGAUUUAUCAAUGUUAAUUAAAGAGAAACCAAAAAAUGCUAAUCUACACCCCACAUCUAUGCUAUCGAAGUGCAUGUCAUUUGAUUAUUACAAUGAAUUAUUAAAUGCAAUGAUAUUGGAUUUGAAUGAUAAAUUUUUGACAUUCUCCAACGAGAACCCUGUAGAAUCUCUAAGUAGAAAGGAAUCUUCCCAGAAAAUUGCCAGCAGAUUUGUAGAUUUUCUUAAACAUGAAGGAAUUUAUGAGUCAUAUGUACACUCCAUUACAAAGGCUACAUCGUUGAUGAUAAGUAAAAAUUUUCAACGCGUAGACGGAAAAGAUAUAAAAGAAUAUCAAAAGUUUAUUGGUAAUAGAAUUUGCAACGAUCCACAGAGUGCUGAUUAUUGGUUUGAUUAUGGAAUAUAUCUUUUAGAAACAAAGGAAGAUGACAAGUCUUACGAGUGCAUGAAAGAAUCCUUGUUGCAAAAACAAGAGCACAAAUAUAGUUUAAUAGUACUUGCUGCUCUACUGAGCAAUAAAGGGCACAAAGAAGAUGCGGAAACAUGUUUCUUGAAUAUAGUGACAGAAAAUUCUGAAUGGUGUGAAGGUUGGGCAAUUUUUUACCUGUUUUACCAAAAAACCGAAAAUUAUGCUGGCAUGGAUAACACUUUGCGCAUGGCAAAGAAGUACAGCGAUGUUAGUGUACCUUUGGAUUAUUUCUCAGAAUAUGAAGAUUUAGUUUGGACUGGUGAAAUUUGUCCCAAAACUGUAUUCUUUCGAACAGCUAUGCUGUUGCUGAAAUUACGAUUGUAUUCAUGGACUGAGUUAGCUUUAGCUCAAGAAAUAAAUACCUACCCAGGAUUUACUCAUUACCUUCUGUCAGCACUCUGCUAUUACAAAGGAUUAUAUCGCCACGCUUUGGAUCAUCUUGAGGAAACCAUGAAAUAUUAUGGUCCGAAUUAUGCGGUCUCAAGCCUUGCAGGACAUUGUUUUCUGGCUCUAGGACGAAAGGAAGAGGCUGAAAAACAGUAUUAUUAUGCCCUAGAAUCAUUUAAUAGACCAGUUUACUUACAUUUAGUGACUGUUAAUUUGGCGCAAGUAUUAAUAGAUAAGGGCUCUGAUCAGAAAGCUAGAAACUUGAUGUUAUUGGCUUGCAAAUAUAAUCCGUCUCCUUAUACAUGGUAUAUAGCAGGAAAAUUAUAUUAUGAACAAAAAGACUUUCUAAGUGCUGAAGAAUGUUUUUCUGAAGCAAAUGCUAUGGACAAUACCUACUCUGAAGUUUGGGGUUAUUUGGCACUAGUUAAUUUCAAGUUACAAAGACAACAUGAGGCAGAACAAUGUUUAAACCAUGCAGUAAAGAACAAACUUUCGGAUGAAGAUCUUCUCGAAGUAAUUAAAGAUGAAUAUUCUUUGCAUAAUCACAUGUAUUCUAUUUAG